UCAAACACCAAGGACUCACACAGAGGAUGUUUGGGUUUGGUGCUUCUUCCACCGCCACCGCCACCGCCACAACUUCCACUCGCAUUCUCUGUGCAACCCUUAACUCUCCUUCUUCCCUCACAACUAACCAUCACUUCUCUUCUCAUCUCCUUCCCACAACUUGGGUUCGUUCAUCUUCACUGCGCUUCAGGUGUAUUCCCAUCAAAGCCAUGGCUGAAACUGAAACAGUGUCAGUGCCUAAAACUGCUUCUGCUUCCUUUUCUCCUGGCAGCAAGCAAGCCUUAAUAUCAUUGUCAGACAAGAAGGAUCUCGCAUUUGUUGGGAAUGGGCUCCUGGAAUUAGGAUACACUAUUGUUUCAACUGGAGGAACAGCUGCUGCAUUGGAGGGUGCUGGAGUGGCUGUUACUAAAGUUGAACAACUUACUCAGUUCCCUGAAAUGCUUGAUGGUCGUGUCAAAACUUUGCAUCCUAACAUACAUGGGGGUAUCCUUGCUCGAAGAGACCAAAAACAUCAUAUUGAAGCUCUCAGUACACAUGGUAUUGGUACUUUUGAUGUUGUGGUGGUGAACUUGUACCCAUUUUAUGAUAAAGUUACAUCAACUGGAGGCAUUGAUUUUGAGGAUGGAAUUGAAAAUAUUGACAUUGGUGGUCCAACGAUGAUUAGAGCUGCUGCAAAGAAUCACAAGGAUGUUUUGGUAGUGGUGGAUUCAGAAGAUUACCCUUCCCUUCUGGAAUUUCUUAAAGGAAACCACGAUGAUCAGAAGUUCAGGCUAAAGCUUGCUUGGAAAGCUUUUCAGCAUGUUGCUUCCUAUGACUCUGCAGUAUCUGAGUGGCUGUGGAAGCAGAGUGUGGGAGAUAAAUUUCCUCCGAGCUUGACAGUGCCUCUUUCACUCAAAAGUUCUCUCCGUUAUGGUGAAAAUCCUCAUCAAAAAGCUGCAUUCUAUGUUGACAAAAGACUUUCCGAGGUUAAUGCUGGUGGAAUUGCUACAUCCAUUCAACACCACGGAAAGGAGAUGUCGUAUAAUAACUACUUGGAUGCUGAUGCUGCUUGGAACUGUGUAUGUGAGUUUAGGAACCCCACAUGCGUGGUAGUGAAGCAUACUAAUCCAUGUGGGGUAGCAUCACGUGAUGAUAUUCUCGAAGCCUAUAGACUAGCUGUUAAAGCUGAUCCAGUGAGUGCAUUUGGUGGAAUUGUAGCUUUCAACGUGGAAGUUGAUGAGGCACUUGCUAAAGAAAUUCGAGAAUUUAGAAGCCCAACAGAUGGGGAGACAAGGAUGUUCUAUGAAAUUGUGGUUGCACCGAGCUAUACAUCUAAGGGACUUGAGAUUCUUCGUGGAAAGUCAAAGACUCUAAGGAUUCUUGAGGCAAAAAAGAAUGAAGCAGGAAAGCUUUCACUCAGACAAGUUGGUGGAGGGUGGUUAGCUCAGGAUUCCGAUGACUUAACCCCACAAGAAAUCCAGUUCAGCCUAGUCUCUGAGAAAUCUCCACAGGAUGGUGAGCUUCGUGAUGCGGAGUUUGCGUGGUUGUGCGUGAAGCAUGUCAAAAGCAAUGCUAUUGUGAUAGCUAAGGACAAUUGUAUGUUAGGUAUGGGAAGUGGGCAACCAAACCGUCUGGAGAGUUUAAGAAUAGCAAUGAGGAAAGCUGGAGAUGAUGUUAAAGGAGCAGCCUUGGCUAGUGAUGCCUUCUUUCCAUUUGGAGGUAUUCCCAUUCAACCUUCUCCGGGCACCAUGCCCUCGGGGUACGGCCCGUUUGGGCUAGCCCCUCAUUAUAACAGUGGGUGCACUAAGCUUCGCAACCGGAGAAAGGACGAGACUAAUCCCCCAACCGAAGAUUUUUGGCUUAUCCUCUGGCCCCAAAGAUUUUCCAAGAAACUGCUUGAGGCAGGGUUUGAUCCCUGCAUCAAGCAAUCCCUUGGGAGCUCAGCUGCCAACUGAGCUACCCUUGGGGGUUACGGCUUAAGCUUUUGAGUUGAAAUGGUUAUUUACAAAAUAUUUUGCAAUACAGGAAUUCAUUGUGCAUGCUAUGUUAUAAAGACUUUUGUAGUGGUGGAUGGAAUAGUAACUUUUUUGGUGUAUACGUUCUGACAAGAUCAUAACUAAGACAGAGAUAGAAGACUUUUGUUUUGUUUUGU